GAGAGAGAGAGAGAGGUGUGCACGAUUCACUGUCUUCUCUAGGAUACAGCUCGCUUCCCUCCUCGUCUCAGUGCUUCUCUCUCUUCCCACUCAAGUGUAUCAGAUCCGGCUCUCCGGCACAACUCUCCGAGGAUGAGUCCUCCAGAAAGCUCCAGCCACUGAUGCCCGUUCCCCAGCUCAUGGCUGCCCAGGACCACUCAACUCUCGUGGGCUUCCCUGGUGCGGACCUGCCCUCUCUAAAGUGGAUCCUCAGCCGAACACAAGCUCAAGCGUGGCUCCUUUAGGUUUAUUCAGACCUCGUCUUUCAGCUUUACCAUCUCACCGAGAACAAGACCUUUAGAGCCGAAGCUUUCAGACUGCUAGAGGAAGCGAGGACAAUCAUAUAUAAAGAUGGAACAGGAGAUUUCAAAAGUGCAGCGCAAGAUGUCGGACCUGGAGUCAGUUUUGCAGCAGAAAGACGUGGAGCUUCAGGCUUCAGAAACCCAGAGGACCAUUUUAGAACAAGACCUGGCCACCUACAUCACAGAGUGCAGUAGUUUGAAGCGCAGUUUGGAGCAGGCCCGCAUGGAGGUGUCGCAGGAGGAUGAUAAAGCUCUGCAGCUGCUGCACGAUAUACGGGAACAGAGCAACAAACUGCAGGAAAUCAAAGAACAGGUUCGGAUUUGAUGCACAUUUUCAUUUCAGCGUAUUGGCUGUGUUUGGAAUCGACAUCUAUCCACCUUAUUCCUACGUCCCAUGAGGCUUUGCGUGAAUUAUGGGUGU